GCAGAAACGAAGAGGAGCAGAAACGACAGAUCUGCUGAAGAAAGGACUGACCUUCUGUGGAAAGUUUAUCUGCUACUGGUGUCCACUUCCCUGCUAAGUUGUGUUUUAUCUGCACAAAUGCAUACAAAAAUGCUGGCAAAAAGAAUAUAUAAUAUUGCUAACAUUAGAAAUUUGAGGACAUAAUGUCCAGAAGAUCCAGUACUAAGGAGACAUCCUCUGCUGCUCUCAGCACAAACACGCCUCCCAGACAAACACAAAAGACUAAAGAUAAAGAAAGAACACACCACUGUUCAGAGUGUGGGAAGAGUUUUACUGUACAGAGUCAUCUCCGAAUACACCAGCGCAUUCACACAGGAGAGAAACCAUAUUCCUGCUCAGAGUGUGGGAAGAGAUUUAAUACACAGAAUAACCUUCAAACACACCAGCGCAUUCACACAGGAGAGAAACCAUAUCACUGCUCAGAGUGUGGACAGCAUUUUUCUGUACAAAGUCAUCUCAGAACACACCAGCGCAUUCACACAGGAGAGAAACCUUAUCACUGCUCUGAGUGUGGAAAGAGUUUUACUCAACAGAGUAAUCUUCAAACACACCAGCGCAUUCACACAGGAGAGAAACCGUAUUACUGCUCAGAGUGUGGACAGAGUUUUAAUAAACAGAGUUCUCUCCAACGACACCAGCGCAUUCACACAGGAGAGAGACCGUAUCACUGCUCAGAGUGUGGGAAGAGUUUCAGUAGACAGAGUUAUCUCCAGUCACACCAGCGCAUUCACACAGGAGAGAAACCGUAUCACUGCUCAGACUGUGGGAAGAGUUUUAAUGUACAGAGUAAUCUCCAAACACACCAGCGCAUUCACACAGGACAGAAACCGUACCUCUGCUCAGAGUGUGGAAAGGGUUUUAAUCGACAGAGUAAUCUCCAAACACACCAGCGCAUUCACACAGGAGAGAAACCGUAUUACUGCUCAGAGUGUCGACAGAGUUUUACAAACAGUAGGUCUCUGAAGAACCACCAGCGCAUUCAUACAGGAGAGGAACCGUAUCACUACUUGGAGAUGACAGCUUGAGAAAUUCUGAUUUAAGGGCAAAGAAACGCAUUAAGAGAGAGAUUUGAGAACUGAAGAGACCUCUUCGACCAAUUAUCAGCUCUGUAAGAAGGCAUCUUGAUCCAUCCAAGCCUCUUCCCAGAUGCACAGCAUCAAGUGAUUCAACUCAGGAAGAAUAAAAUGCAUCCAACAAUCAGCAAGCCGUUCAAACCCAUGCAGGCAUACAUUAGAUGAGGUUUCAUCUUCUGAGUAUAAAAAGAAAUAAAAAGCCACAACCCGCUCUGCAGUACUGAGUGAGGAGCAAAUGGUCCUGACUGAACCUCCAUCUGAACUUCACAGUGAAUCUUUUGCUGCAAAUCUUCUGCUCCUCAUGUCCUAAAUCUGAUUUGUUUUUACAAGCAAAUCAACAAAACACCAGCAAAAGGAAUUUGUUGCUGAUGAAAUUUGGAAAGAUGAAAUCUGAGGACACAGUGUCUGGAAACUCCAGCACUCCAAAAACAUCCUCUGCUGCUAUCCACACAAACACACCUCCCAGACAAGCACAGAAGAUUACAAGAAAAGAAAAAAAGCACCACUGUUCAGACUGUGUAAUCCCCUAAAGCACCAGCACAUUCACACAGGAGAGAAACCGUAUUAAUGCUCAGCGUGUGGAAAGUAUUUAAGUCAGCUGAGUAAACUCUGAAAACACCAACAUAUUCAUACAGGGUAGAAACAGUAUUACUGCAAUUGUAGGAAGAAUAUCAUGCAUUCAAAUAUAAAGACACUCAAAUGAAAUAAAAACUGCAUGUCGCAUCAAAAAUA